GGAAGUGGCGGUGCAGCUCGCCCUGGAGCGGUUCCAGCUCGGGGACGACGCGGAGAUGGAAUUUCCUUCUAGUUUCACUAGUACUGAAAGAGCAUUUGUUCACCGGCUCUGCCAGUCUCUUGGACUGGUAUCUAAAAGCAAAGGAAAAGGAGCCAAUCGAUACCUGACUGUAAGGAAGAAGGAUGUGUCAGAGACACAUGCAGUCAUGACUUGUGACUUGGCUCUCUGUACAAAACACGCCGUUCGGAGUCUAAUUCAGAGUUUUCCUGUCACAAACAAGGAACGCACAGAACUCCUGCCAAGGACAGAGCGAGGAAAUGCCUGUGCUGUUGAAUCUGAAAACAAAGAGGUGAACAAGACAAGUGGUCGACUUAAUGAUGGUAUUCCCCAGGUCCCUGUGAAAAGAGGGGAAUCAGAGUUUGAUUCCUUCAGGCAAUCACUACCAGUUCUUGAAAAACAGGAAGAAAUUGUCCAAAUAAUAAAGGAAAAUAAAAUUGUUUUGAUUAUAGGAGAGACUGGAUCAGGAAAAACUACUCAAAUCCCUCAGUUUAUUCUGGAUGAUUGCUACAAGAGUGGAACUCCCUGCCGUGUGUUCUGUGCUCAGCCAAGACGCUUAGCAGCUGUUGCUGUGGCUGAAAGAGUGGCAGCAGAAAGACGAGAGAAGAUUGGCCAGACUAUUGGUUACCAGAUCAGAUUAGAAAGCAGGGUUUCUCCAAAGACACUGGUAACAUUCUGCACUAAUGACAUGCUUCUUCGCACGCUGAUGGCAGGAGACAGCACCCUCUCCACCGUGACACAUGUUAUUGUGGAUGAAGUACAUGAGAGAGAUAGAUUCAGUGACUUCUUGCUAAUAAAACUGAGAGAUGUGCUGAAGAAGCAGAAUGAUUUAAAAUUAAUUAUUUCUAGUGCUGCUCUAGAUGCAAAUCUCUUUAUUAGGUAUUUUGGAAGCUGCCCAGUAAUACAUAUCCAAGGAAGACCUUUUGAAGUUAAAGAGAUGUUUCUGGAGGACAUUUUACGAAGCACUGGUUAUACAAACAAAGAGAUGGUAAAGUACAAAAAAGAGAAGCAGCAAGAAGAGACACAGAAGAACACUCUUGCUGAGUGGUGUUCAGCUCAAGAAAACACUAACAAACUGGCAUCUCGGAGACAAAAGUCGGUUCCAAGGGCAAAUCAGGAGUACAAAUGGUUGGAUGAUGGUGGUGACACAGUAUUUAAUCAACUAACCGAAAAAGAUGUGAAUUGCCUUGAACCGUGGAUAGUAAAAGAAAUGGAUUCCUGUCUUUCUGACAUCUGGUUGCAUAAAGAUACUGAUUCCUUUGCUCAGGUGUUCCAUCUUAUUUUAACUGAAAAUGUCAGUGUUGAUUAUAGGCACAGUGAAACCGGUGCAACUGCUCUGAUGAUUUCUUCUGGGAGAGGCCUUUUGAGUCAAGUAGAACAGCUGAUCAGUAUGGGAGCAAGUAUCCACUGCAAAUCAUCCAAUGGCUGGAUGGCUGUGGACUGGGCUAGGCGAUUUGGACAGACAGAGGUUGUUGAUAUGUUGGAAUCCUACAGUGCUUCAUUUGGAUUUGGAACUCUGGAUGAAAGUUCCCUGGUCCAAAAAAGUGGUAGUGACCUUAGUGCAGAGGACAGAGAACUACUGACAGCUUAUCAUCACAGUUUUGAUGAUGAAAAAGUGGAUCUGGAUCUGAUAAUGCACUUACUUCACAGCAUCUGUCAUAGUAGUGAUGCAGGUGCAAUUUUAAUAUUUCUUCCUGGAUAUGAUGAGAUAGUGAACCUGAGGGACCGUAUUCUUUUUGAUGACAAGAGAUUUGCUGAUAAUGCUCGCAGAUACCAAGUUUUCAUGCUUCAUUCAAGUGUGCAGACUUUAGAUCAGAAGAAAGUGCUUGAAACUCCACCUUCUGGCAUCCGCAAAAUUAUUCUUUCCACUAAUAUUGCAGAAACCAGCAUAACAGUCAAUGAUGUUGUGUUUGUCAUUGACUCAGGCAAGGUGAAAGAGAAGUCUUUAGAUGCACUGAGUCGUGUUACAAUGCUAAAAAUGGGGUGGAUUUCAAAAGCCAGUGCUAUCCAGAGAAAAGGCAGGGCUGGGCGCUGUCAGCCUGGAGUCUGUUUUCGUCUCUUCAGCAGGCUCCGAUUUCAGAAUAUGUUGGAAUUUCAAUCUCCAGAACUUCUAAGAAUGCCGCUUCAGGAGAUCUGUUUGUACACAAAACUUCUGGCUCCAAUUAAUUGUCCAGUUGUAGACUUUCUUAUGAAAGCUCCUGAUCCUCCACCUGCUGGAACUGUGAGAAAUGCUGUGCAUAUGCUUAAGACCAUAGAUGCCAUGGACGCUUGGGAAGAUCUCACUGAGCUUGGUUAUCACCUCACUGAAUUACCUGUAGAGCCACACCUUGGUAAAAUGGUGUUGUAUGCUGUAGUGCUGAAGUGCCUGGAUCCUGUUCUGACCAUUGCCUCUGCUCUUGCCUGCCAAGACCCUUUUGUGCUGCCCACACUGGCCUCCCAAAAGCGUGCAGCCAUGCUGUGCAGGAAGCGUUUUGCUGCAGGGACGUUCAGUGACCACAUGGCCCUGCUCAGGGCUUUCCAGGCAUGGCAGAAGGCACGCAGUGAUGGCUGGGAGAGAGCCUUCUGUGAAAAGAACUUCCUAUCCCAAGCCACAAUGGAAAUCAUUGUAGGAAUGAGAACACAGUUGCUUGGCCAGCUUAGAGCCUCAGGUUUUGUGAGAGCCAGAGGAGGAGCUGAUAUUAGAGAUGUCAAUACUAACUCUGAGAACUGGGCUGUAAUUAAAGCUGCUUUAGUGGCUGGGAUGUAUCCCAAUCUUGUGCAUGUAGACAGAGAAAGCCUGGUGUUGACUGAACCAAAGGAGAAGAAAGUGCGAUUUCAUCCUACCUCUGUUCUUGGUCAAACUCAGUAUAAAAAGAUUGCCCCAGCAAAUGGACAGGCUGCAGCCAUCCAGGCUCUCCCUACAGACUGGCUUAUAUAUGAUGAAAUGACAAGAGCUCACAAGACAGCAAACAUCAGGUGCUGCUCUGUUGUGACACCUGUCACCGUGUCCCUCUUCUGUGGACCAGCCAGACUGCCAAGUAAUGCCUUGCAGGCAUCUUCAACCUUUCGAGGGGGAGGAGUAUCUAAUGAUAGCAGUGACAGUGAGAUGGAGGACAAAACAACUGCUCAUCUGGCACUACUGAAGCUGGAUGAAUGGCUCCAUCUCAAACUGGACCCUGAAGCCGCUGGUAUGCUGUUGCAACUUAGGCAGAAGUGGCACAGUUUGUUCCUGCGUCGUAUGCGAGCUCCUUCUAAACCGUGGUCUCAGGUUGAUGAAACAACUGUAAGAGCAAUUACAGCUGUUCUGAGUGCUGAAGAACAGUCUGCAGGUCUGCAGCAGCCUUCAGGAAUUGGCCAGAGACCAAGACCUGUGGCUUGUGAAGAACUUCCUUUGGCAUCUACAUGGAAGUCAACCAGCAGUAGAAAAAGCUCAACAGAAACUGAAUUGUCUGACUCCUCUAAUGCUGAAAAGGUUUCAGUGAAAUCUACAUCUCCCGCACUCCACCAGCCAAAGAAGUACAAAGAAAGAGACAUUUUGCUCUCCAAACGAUCCUCAGAUGACAGAUUAGCUCAGUCCUCAGUGAAACCUGCAGAAAGCAGUAGCUUUCCCAGCCCCUGUGCUAGUCCUUCUCCAGUAUCUGGAAAGGGUUGCAAAUCUCCUUCACCAAGACAAAAUAGGCCAGUUCGGUACUUUAUAAUGAAAAGUAGCAACCUGCGAAACAUUGAUAUUUCUCAGCAGAAGGGAAUAUGGUCCACUACACCAAGUAACGAAAGGAAGCUGAAUGGAGCCUUUUGGGAGAGUAAUGUGGUUUACUUAAUAUUUUCUGUUCAAGGGUCUGGAUGCUUUCAGGGUUUUGCUAGAAUGGGUUCAGCAAUCGGAAGUGAGAGAAGUCAGGACUGGGGAUCUGCUGGUUUUGGAGGUGUAUUUAAGGUGGACUGGAUCCGAAAAGAAAGCAUUCCUUUUCAGUUUGCACACCAUUUGCUCAACCCAUGGAAUGACAGUAAGAAAGUACAAAUAAGUAGAGAUGGCCAGGAGCUGGAACCACAAGUUGGAGAGCAGUUGCUGCAGCUUUGGGAUCAUAUUCCUUUGGCAGGAAGAAAACUGACUGAGCAUGCCAAGUGAUGUGACAGAGCUGGUUUAGGUUGUUGAAACAUCAGCCAUGAGAACCAGCAGCAUGUCUACAAUAAAGAUGAGGAAGAAGGCGA